GUCGAUUAGUCGAAGUGCAACAGCAGACGCCAACGGACGUGGGCGCAUAAGUACGUACUUUACAAUUGUAAUCCGAGAACAAAAAGUGACAUCAGCAUGAGGUCAUCGUGUCAGAUAUUCGCCCUGACCCUCCUGCUGGCCAGCUGCUCCCUUGGCCAGGCACAGUACAAGACGGCGGGCAUUAAAACCCGCCAGCUCCCCUCGGGUAAUCUUCAGCUGUCGGGCAAUGCCAGUGACCAGUACAACCAGUCAGGCUACGGGUGGAACAGUUCCAGCCAGAGCAACUACGGCUGGAGUGCCCAGAACCAGACCAGCCAUGGAUGGAGCGACUUUGUCCCUGCCGAGACCUACCAACCCGCAACCACCCCGCCCCUGUACGGACACUACGUGCAGCCAGUGGGACCGCCAGUGACACGAGCCCCUCAAGUUCUGGACGAGACGGCGCUGUUCAUCAACAAAACGCGAUCGGCCAUGGCCAGCGGUGUGUGCUAUAAGGAAGUGCCCACCGCCUCUCUCUUGCGCAACUCGCGUGAAAGAUUCGCUGGCAAUGGCACCAGCCCGGACAUGAGCAGCAUUGAGGUGUGCUGCGAGGGCUACGAGCGCAAUCCGCACAUCUAUCGAAAAUGCGAUCCGAUCUGCGCGGACGAUUGCCCAAAUGGAAUCUGCACGGCGCCCAACACCUGCGUCUGCAUGCCCAACCAUGUGCGUACGACCGAGGGCAAGUGCAUCUCCACCUGCCCACUGGGCUGUGGCAACGGAGUGUGCGAUGAGCGGAAUGAGUGCCAGUGCAGGGAGGGCUACGCACUGGAUCCCGUGAGCCGCAAGUACUGCCAGCCGGAGUGCAAGCAGGGCUGUGCCCAGGGACGCUGUGUGGCACCGAACAAGUGCGAGUGCCUGCAGGGCUAUCGCCAAUCGGCGGACGGGAGCUGUGAGCCCGUCUGCGACAGUUGCGAGAACGGGCAGUGCACGGCGCCGGGGCAUUGCAGUUGCAAGUCGGGCUACCUCAAGCUGCAGGGACGCUGCGAGCCCAUCUGCGAGCAACCCUGCAAGAACGGCCGUUGCAUUGGACCGGACACCUGCGAGUGUGCUUAUGGCUUCGAGUGGGAUCGUAAGACUGCCGAGUGUCUGCCCAAGUGCGAUGUGCCCUGCCUCAAUGGAGUCUGUGUGGGCAACAACCAAUGCGAGUGCAAGCCGGGAUACGUGCGGGACGAGCACCAGCGUUACAUGUGCCAGCCCCACUGCCCCCAGGGCUGUCCCAAUGGCUUCUGCUCUGCGCCCAACUUUUGCAUUUGCCGGCCAGGAUUCAUCAAGAGCGGCAUCAAAGGCAGGCAGACUUGUGCGGCUGUCUAGUAAGACGAAUCGAAUCUUUAUUGUGUGAGUUAGCUGAGAUUAAAGUGGCGUCCGAUCAGGGCACUGAACUCAUAGCCCAGUUGCUGGUU